AUGAUUGCUGUGCUGCUGGUGGUGUUUGGACUGACCCCUGACUACAUAUCUCCUGUCAGUGCUGGCAUCCCUAUCUACCUGGACUAUGACCCCCAAAAGACGGCUGGGAAGUGGCACCCCAUCGGGAUGGCUUCCACGCUGCCUGAGUUGACUGAUUAUGAGCAGAAAAUAUCAUCGAUGGACCACACGGUGAAGGUUACAGGUGGUGGAAAUUUGAAAUUCACCACUAAUUAUAUGAAUGGUGUCUGCAAAGUAGCAGCCCAUAAGUUAAAGCGCACGAAAACACCUGGUGUAUUCAAAUUUCCGAAAGGUUUUGUCCACAUGAUUGAUAUGGAUUAUGGAAAGUAUCUCAUUAUGCACGUGAAGUUUUCAACACAUGAAGCCAUGUUUCUGUCUGCUAGGGGAUCGGACGUGGGAGAUGACAUCAAAGCAAAAUUCAGGAAAUUAGUCUUGGAACAAAAAUAUCCUAAGGAAUACUUCACAUACUUUAAGAACGCCGAACAAUGCACUCCAAAAGCUGGUUAA